CUGGUUCGGGGGCUGGCAGCCAUUUUGGGUUCCAGGGAGCAGAAGGGAGGCUGCCUCCGCCGCCGCUGCUUGUGAGGGAAGGCGGAAAGGAAGGCGCUGCCCUACUCCUUCUCUUCCUGGCUGCCUGUCUGGAUAGGAAGGCCGACCCCUGAGGAGCCGCCGCUGACGCCGCCGCCUGUGGAGCGCGCUCGUUCUCUACACAGGCCGCGGGGCCCCCGCUGACAUGUCCAGCAUGAAUCCUGAAUAUGACUAUUUAUUCAAGCUGCUUCUGAUUGGAGACUCUGGUGUUGGAAAAUCAUGCCUUCUUCUUAGGUUUGCAGAUGAUACAUACACAGAAAGCUACAUCAGCACAAUUGGUGUCGACUUUAAAAUCAGAACUAUAGAGUUAGAUGGAAAGACGAUCAAGCUUCAAAUAUGGGAUACAGCAGGACAGGAGAGAUUUCGAACAAUCACCUCUAGUUACUACAGAGGAGCUCAUGGCAUCAUAGUUGUGUAUGAUGUUACAGAUCAGGAGUCUUUCAAUAACGUAAAACAGUGGCUGCAAGAAAUAGAUCGUUAUGCCAGUGAAAAUGUCAACAAGUUGUUGGUAGGGAACAAGUGUGAUCUGACCACAAAGAAAGUAGUAGACUAUACAACAGCAAAGGAAUUUGCAGAUUCGCUUGGGAUUCCAUUUUUGGAAACCAGUGCAAAGAAUGCAACAAAUGUAGAACAGUCUUUCAUGACCAUGGCUGCUGAGAUCAAAAAACGAAUGGGUCCUGGAGCAACAGCCGGCGGUGCAGAGAAGUCCAAUGUCAAAAUCCAGAGUACUCCAGUCAAGCAGUCUAGUGGAGGUUGCUGCUAAAACUCUCCUGACCAUUUGUUUCUCAACAGUGAGUUUGAAAUCUGAACCCAACUGAAAAAAAUUGCCUGAAUUGUACUGUAUGUAGCUGCACUACAAACAGAUUCUUAUCGUCUCCACAAAGGUCAGAGAUUGUAAAUGGUCAAUACUGACUUUUUUAUUCCCCCCGACUCAAUAAAGCUAACUUCAUUUUCAGAAAUGUGUUAAACCUUUUUGUGUGCUGGUUUAUAAAUGCGUGUAAUCUUUGUUGCUUUUUUUCUUAUACCAGAUUGUUUCCUGUGGUUGGUUAAACUUGGAAUAUUUUUUGUUUGGUCAUAAUGGCAUGUUUAGAUGUCAGGUUUAGUCUUCUGAAGAUGAAGUUUAGCCAUUUUUUGUAUUCAACAGCACAACUGUGUCUGUCACUUUUUCUCAUGCAUAAAGUUCCAUAAGAUGUUCUAUGUAAGAUCUAAUUUGCUAGUUCCUCGUAGAGUUAUAAAUUGAAAAAUUGCAUUCUGUCCAGGAUCCAAAGAGCUAUGGGCAUCCAAGGUGCGUUUGAGUUCUGCUUGAACAGCCCACCGUGGUAGAUCUCUUCUGAAUCAAAGGAACAUUUCAAAGGGAGUAGGGUUGCCUUUAGAGGAAAAUUGCAACUCCGUAGUAGCUCUUUGGAUCCCAGAUCCUGGUUUUUCUUUUACUCUACGUAUAAUUUGUGGCUGCAGAAUAUUGUAAUUUGUUGCACAAUAUGUAACAAACAGAAGAAAUGUUUAAUAAAUAUUGUACUUACUGGAAGUAAUAUCCAACUGUAUGGUGAUAAGUAUUGUCUUAAUUCUUAUGGCGAAAGGGGAAAGGCUUGCAUUGUGCCCCCAUUGAACCCUUUUUAUGUGCAGAAAUGGCACUUUAGAACUUUUUCGUGGACCAUACCCUCCCAGCCCAGCAAAUAAAUAACUAGCAGGUAUGGCCUUGAUGAUUUCAUUCUCAUAGUGUUUCUGGCAUGUAUGCUAUACUCAGAACACAAUUCGUAGAAUUAUAACCCCUCUAAUUGUACAAUACCCCCUUCCUUCAAUCCUAAGUGUGUCUAAGUCUGUUUCUAAAUGCUCUCAUUUAGAAAUAACUUGUGUCUCUUGCUCUUCAUAGAGGAAAGCAGUAUUUUCCUAACAUAUGAAUGACUUCAAACUAACAAGGUGAUGUUAAUGCUGAUGGUAUGUUAUGUCUUUUCUAAAUAAUGUUCCUUCCAUUCUCUCACAAUCAAAUACUGUUGACUUUAAUAAAACUUAGUGCAAUUUAUUGGAUGGCUUGGUUAUGCACAAAAAAGGUGCAAAAACGUUAAUGGGAGUUGGCAGUAAGGUAACCGAUCAGAAGAUCAAUGUAACUCUGCAGGGAGGAAACUUUUAAUUACAAAAUGUGAGUUUGUGAAGAAAUGGCGGCUUUGACUUAUUGACCACAUGUAGAACUUUUUCUACAGCGAAACUAAUCCAUUAGUGCCUGAUGUCUGGGUUUUAAAGUUACCAACCUGAUUAAAGAAUCUUAUUUACAAAAUAUAUUCAUUUAAAACUGCCAUUGAGGGUUUUUUGUAAGAAAAUACCUAAAUGUGACUGAAAAUGCACCACUUAGAUAUGUUUAGAGGCAAGUGCAUCUGCAAAUCACUAAAAUGGAAAUGCCAUCCCUCUCAGGGGAUGAACUUCAAUGAUUUGCAUCCACAGCUGGAAUACAUAGUAUCUUAAGUCUUAUUGUUGUCAGAAGAUUGAAAUUUUUGAAACUUGGAAUUUGCUCUCUUGACCUUCACAAUAAAGUGUACUUCAUAAUGA